AGCCAACAUCAACAGCCCAGCCAACAUCAACAGCCCAGCCAACAUCAACAGCCCAGCCAACAUCAACAGCCCAGCCAAAAUCCAUCAGCCCAGCCAACAUCCAUCAGCCCAGCCACCAUGGUGUCGUUCAACAUGAUCAUCGCAGCGGUCGCUGCCGUGGCGGGCAGCCUUCCCGUCGUCCUGGGCGGAACCCUCGUCGAGGCCACCGCGGCGGCUGACAUCGUCGAGUUCACGUCCGUGGCCGAGCGCGGCCUCGACACGCGCCACUCCAACACCAAGGACCCCUAUGUAAGGCAUUGGCUCGCCCCCAGAAUCGAUCGAUGCGAAAGAUGAUGUCUAAUAGCCAAUCAAUAUAGGGCGGAUGGAAGUGCGCGUCAUGGUA